AUGGAGCUCUCCGUCGUCCCAUCCCUCUCCCUGUCCCUGCGCCGCGCCCUUCCGCCGCUCCCAGCGAGGAAGGCGGCGCGGCGGCCGGCCUUCGCCUGCCGCUGCAGCGGCUCCCCGGACGCCUCCCCGGUGGCCACCCGGCGGUGCGGUGGGGUUGGCGUGGCCGGAGGCGGAGGGGAAGCCGGAGCGGUGUCCACCAGCAGGAGGGCGCUCAGGGCGUCCAAGAUUCCUGAGAGCGAAUUCACCACCCUGCCCAAUGGCCUCAAGUACUAUGACAUCAAGGUAGGAAGUGGGGCUAAAGCUGUUAAAGGAUCCCGUGUUGCGGUACAUUAUGUGGCCAAGUGGAAGGGCAUCACAUUCAUGACAAGUAGGCAGGGUCUUGGUGUUGGUGGUGGCACGCCAUAUGGGUUUGACAUAGGCAAUUCUGAGAGAGGAAAUGUUUUAAAAGGAUUGGAUCUUGGGGUCGAGGGAAUGAAAGUCGGAGGCCAGAGGUUGAUAAUUGUUCCUCCUGAACUAGCGUAUGGAAAGAAGGGCGUCCAGGAAAUUCCUCCAAAUGCAACUAUUGAGCUGGAUGUUGAGCUACUGUCAAUCAAACAGAGUGCAUUCGGCAAGAAUGCAGAGAGCAUCAAGAAUCUUCUUCUGAAGAUAGUCUUUCCCUUAGCUUUUCCCCUGGCUGGUGCUUUUAUCUGUGACCUCAUAACAAACCGGGCAAAUAGGCACAGUAGUUACACAGACUCAUCUGGUAGUUCAUUCCAAUUGGAACAAUCAUUCGGUUCAAUCUGUGAAGAAGAGGAGGAAGAAAUGGAAUCAACUCGCCGCGCACAGCAGAAGUUGGCGAGAACAGAGAGUGCCUGCAGCACUGCCGGCAGACUUCUGAUCAGUGAACUUGCAAGGCAGGCUUCGAAUGCCGAAGAAGUCAUGGUGGUAGAGGCCACUGAGGAUCCAUCAGAAGCUGCAGCCAAGAACCAGAUCCAGGAUGAUCAGGGAACGGAGACAGACGAGAUGGCGAGCCUGAAGCUCAUGGUGUCAGCACUUGAAGACAGAGCGUGCAACAUCGAGGCGCAGUUCCACGAGUACUGCGACAUGAAGGAGCAGGAGUCGGCGUACCAGAAGAUGCAGAUCAUGUGCCUGGGCAUGAAGCUGGAGCUGCUGGAGUCGCAGAACCAGCAGCUCGAAGCAGCGGCAGCAGAGAUCCGCGCAGGUGCGGAAGAGUUCACGGCCAUGAGAGGCAAGCUUGAGAGGCUGCAAGGCAGGUUCAAGAAGAUGUCGAAGAGAAGCAAGCAAGAUUCGGAUGCUUUUGGUGAGAGAAUCGUGGCUCUUGAUGCGAAACAAGCCCAGAUGACGAGAAGGUGCGAGGAGUUUGAGCAGUCCAUGGAAGAGAUGAAGCAGCUGACGUUGCAGCUUCUGGAGCAGAAGGGAGCAAACAAUGAGAACGUGGAGGUGGCGGUUGAGAGAAGCUUGCGGAACCUGUCGAGCGGCAGGGACCUGGUGGACGGGCUGGAGGCGCUGCGGGACCGGUGGGCGGCCGGCAUGGAGGAGAUGAUCUACCUGGGCUGGAUCACGGCCUGGCUGCAGCACGACCUGAUGCUGAUCGACAACGACUAUGGCGGGACGGUGCUCGGUGCUGGCAGCACCUACAGCGGCGACGACGAAUACGACGAUGACCAAGACGGCGUGGUGCUGGAGGAGCAGGAGGAGGAGAGGAAGAAGAAGGGCGAAACGAUGGUGGCGUCGGUGCCGCCGAGCAACCAGGUGGAGCUGCGCAAGGCCGGGUCCGUGUCGCCGUCCGCAUCCGGGACGGCCCCGCCGCGCCGCAGCGUGGAGAUGGAGCCGUCGUGCAUGGGGUUCGCGGCGGCGGCGGCCGGCGGGCGCGGAAGGGACGGCAGCGGCGGUGGGUGGAGCAUCGGCCGGCCGAGGCUGAUCCGGAAGCUCCGCGGGUGGGCCACCGGAGGGAAGGCGGGCGGCAGCGGCAAGACCACGCGGUGCAGGAUCGUGGGCCCAUGUUGUCAGAAAUAA